AUGGCGACAGGAACGGUAUUCAUAAUGUAUACUAAAUACGCAUGUGGGAUGUUCAGAAUAGCCAGUUAUCGCAUCGAACAAGCAAUGUUGCAUGACAUUCCUUGGAAAAUCGGUCUGAAGGAGGAGAUAAGAAUUCGUAAAGAAAUAAUUUAUGCUGUGGACAUUCAUCGAAAAGCUAUGAAGUCAAUCUUUCAGAUUGUGUCAUUGGGUGGCAACAUAAAGGAGCUCCUUCUUUACUUCACUUACAUAAAUGUUAUUCUCAUAUACAUGUUCUUAGCCAACUAUAUCGCACAAGAAAUCAUGGACCACAAUCAUCAUCUAUUCGUAACCGUGUACAACGUCCAUUGGUAUUUAGCACCUUUACACAUACAGAGGAUGAUAUUAUUUCUCAUACAAAGAAGCAACAAGUUAUUCAAAAUCAGCAUCGGGGGAAUAUUCAUAGGAUCCUUGGAGAGUUUCGCUUCGCUUAUUAGCGUGUCCAUAUCCUACUUCACCGUCAUGUAUUCCACCCAACAUUGA